AUGUACUGGAUCAGGUCAAAGAAGCUGCGGGAACGGCUGGCGCUUGGGUUUGGAGCGCUGCUCGUUCUCUUCACACUCCUGCUCGUGGUCGAUCUGCAGAUGGAUCUGGGCGUGUCGAGGGGUGAAUUUAUCCCAUCACACGCCCGCAUCCGGUACGCAAAUCAGCAGGAUCGAAGUGGCAUCUACAACGAGUUUCACCGGAAGUAUCUCGCGAAAAGCAAUGCAUCCGGUUCGAAGGAGUUCCUGACGACGAACGCGCAGGCUCACCGGGGUCAUGCCGACACAUCCGGGCCGGGUUAUCCUGGCAAAUCGGGCACGACAACGGCAGUGCCGCCACCACACGAUCGCUUCAAGGAUCUAACGGCGCUAGUGGUGGCACCUCGGGCUAGCAAACACCGACCUGCACAACCGUUCGAGCGGAUCAUCGUGCGUGAAGAAGCGUACGUCAACGAUCCGAUGGAUGACGACGAGGCAAAUCCGACCCUUGGUGAUCUGCUCGAUCUACGACCAGGCACAAACGCCUCCAACCUCGAGCGGUUUCAGCUGCGCAUCUCAAAACGGGAGCUGUACAGCCGCGACGACACGCUGGUGAACGCCGUCAUCGACGAUAUGGUGCGAUUGCCGAUCCUGCACGUGGUGCAGAAAGAAGGUGGCACCCAGCUGAAGCUGAUCAUCGACUAUCCGAACGACGUGCACGCGCUGUUUAAACCGAUGCGGUUCCCGCGCGAACAGCAAACCCUACCGAACCAUUUCUACUUCACGGACUACGAGCGACAUACGGCCGAGAUUGCGGCCUUCCACUUGGACCGGUUGUUAGGCUUUCGACGUGCGAUGCCGGUGACCGGGCGUAUCCUGAACAUCACCACCGAUAUCUACCAGGUCGGUGAUGAGGUCCUGUUGAAGACGUUCUUUGUGUCACCAUCGAGCAAUCUGUGCUUCCAUGGCAAGUGUUCGUACUACUGCGACACAUCGCACGCGAUCUGCGGCAAUCCGGACACGCUCGAGGGUUCGUUCGCUGCGUUUCUACCCACGCAGGACGACACGCAGCGUAAGGUGUGGCGACAUCCGUGGCGUCGAUCGUACCACAAACGCCGGAAGGCACAGUGGGAAACGGACGCUGACUACUGCACGAUGGUGCGAGACAUCCCACCGUACGAUGAGGGUCGCCGACUGCUCGACCUGAUGGAUAUGUCCGUGUUUGACUUCCUCACCGGUAACAUGGACCGGCAUCAUUACGAGACGUUCAAGAUUUUCGGCAAUGACACGUUCCCGAUCCAUCUGGAUCAUGGGCGAGGAUUUGGCAAGCCGUUCCACGAUGAACUUUCGAUCCUUGCUCCGGUGUUGCAGUGCUGUCUGAUCCGAGCGUCAACGCUCGAGACGUUGCUGCGUUUCCACAACAGCCCUAAGCCAUUGUCGGAGGCCAUGCGCGAAUCGAUGGGCGUCGAUCCGAUCGCGCCCGUGCUGUGGGAGCCACACCUGGUUGCGCUUGAUCGACGGGUCGCCAUCGUGUUGCAGGCAGUGCGUGAUUGUAUCCGCAAAACCGCGGACGAGGAUGCACCUGAAGCGGUUCCAGUUGAUGUGCCUAACGCGCUCAACAACGGUGACACUGUGCCUCGGAACGGGUUCUAUCGCUCCUAG